GUGACUCAUCACUCUCAAAACUGGAGACUAACUCUCCAGACACUAUGACUGAGCUCUUUCAAACAGCACUUUUCUGAGUAUCGCUAAUAGACGAGGGCAGAAGAUACAUAUAUCAUUCUCCAUCUUAGGGCCAGCAGGCUUUAUUAAUAGAAGAAUUAGUAGAUAUUAGGUCAAAAGAUGGCGCAGAGGGCGGAAUAAUAAAUCCUGGUUCUCUAUAUUAAAGAAGAACAAGUGCGGGAUAGCUAAUGCUUUCAUAUCAGGAACAUUUUCCUACAAAGAGCGGGUCAAAGCACAUAAUCUUAAGUAAACUGUUGAAUCCCGAAGAACUAAUAGGUAUCGCAUCAAACAUUAGAUAUCAUUGUUCUAAAGGGCUGCUUAUUAUGAGUUAACCUGCUGGUUAUCAAUGUUAACAUUUGCCUUUGAAAUGUCAUCAAAUAGUGAAAAAUGAAGAUUAAUUUGUCACCUCAACAUAAAAUAACCACAAGAUGCUCAACUCCACAUGAUCCAUGAUAAAGAAAUUCAUUUAAAUCAUUCAUUUGUGAAAGUUAUUGGAGUCUACAGUUUUAUUAAUCAACUAAUAAUUUGGUGUAAGCAACACACACACACACACACACACACACCUGUAUUUUUCUCAUAGUUUCAUGCAAGGUCACAAUACCACAGAUGAAAUCCUGCAUAACUAUAAGCAGUCAUUUACUUUCUUACCACAUGUUCAGCCAGCUCUGUCUUACUUGUGUUUUUUCCUAACCAUGUUUCGGUUCUGUUACCAGGAAAAAAACAAUCAAAUUUACCAAAUGAUGCCAUCAUGAGUGUGAAUGCAGAAUUGGAUGAAUAAAUGAAUAAAUUUCCCAGUGCAUGGAACAUAUAAGCUAACACAUGCAUUGCAGGGCUCAGGGGCUAUCCCGAGGCCAAUCAUUUAGCUAACACACUAAUGAAAGCGUGUGUAGUGUGGCUAAGGGCAGCCGCCAUGGGAGGUACCACUCCCCUCCCUCCUCUUAUUGGGGGGCUGUUAAUAGGCUGGAUGGAGCCAAUGGGAAUCCCAGGAGAGGAGUACUGAUGAAGAGGGAAACCUGUGGUCGCCUUAUAAUCACUGCCUAAUGGCUGCGGGAACACGGCUUUUACAAAAGGGAUUGUGCAUGUGAGCCUUAUAUGUGUGUGUGAAACAUACUGAUUUUUUAGGUAAUAAGCAGCAGAGUCUCAGUAUUAAAAAUAAAUUGUGUUUCAUAGUAUGUGCAUUUUUUUCUGUCAAAUAUUUUAUAAAAGAUAUUGUCAUUCAACAACACCAGAACAGAGCAAAUAACAACCAGGACUUUAUGGUUUGUUCCUUAUUUAAAAGUACAGAAGAAAAAAAAGUCAAAAAAUGCUAUUAAUUUAAAUGUUUAAUCACUUUUAAAGUGGCUUAGAUAUAUCUAAUCAAGAAAAUAUGUACUUAAAAAGCAAAUAAAUUAACCUGCUUUAUCAGUAUGUUCAUGUAAAGUACUUAAAUUAACAGUUUUAAUCAUUAAUUGGGUGGUUUUAAUCACUCUUUAAGUAAAACUUUCCACCCACUUUAUUGUUUUGGUAUUUUAAAGUGUAACUGAGCCAACUGGAUAUUUUUAAAGAGCAGCAUGUACAAUUUAGUGGCAUUUACAGGUCUCAUCCUAGGAAACAAAUACACACCAAUUCCUGUGUUUUUAGGCCUUUAUAGUGAAAAAAUGAUGUUUGUGAAUAUUAUUUUCCAUGUUUGUCAAAUAAUGUUCCAAAAUAUUAGCCAUCAGUUCCCUAAAGGUGUUAGAUGGGCUUUAGGAAAACUGUUUUAUCUUAACUGUGAAACUUUAACUACGGGUCACUUAAAGCUCAUAAUAAAUUGUAUUUGUCAAGUGAAAGAAAAGCUUAUGUUCCCACUAUGGCCUUGCAUUUACUAAGUCUAUCAUCAAAGCUAUAGGAAGAGUGGCAAACAGUGGUUUCUAAAUUAUCUUUCACUUUAUCUUUAUGAGGCAGAAACUUGCAGUAGUCAGGUUUUAACAGUCCUGCGUCUUCACGGUUUUGUCUUACAAGAUUCAAGCAAACAUUUGCUCCUAGAGUGUUUUUGCUCCAUGGGAAUCAGAUAAAUCUCAGCAGUGAAUCAGGUUAAACCACAUUUCUUCGAUUCUCAGCCAAAGGUGUGUCAUGUGUCUCUUGAUCAGGUGAAGCUUGUAGCCUAUUAGAGGAUGAAGUACGCCUCAGGUCUGACAGGUCUAUGAAACGUCGGGUAGACCUUCCUUCAUUCAAUGAACAAAGAAAAAAUAUAAUUAAAGCUUUCCCUUAAUCCAAGUCAGCGAAGUUCCACAACUAUUGUCUGCAGGAGCCAUUUCCGGUCUGGACCUACAAAGUAAAGGUUUUGUUGUGUUAAAUUUGCUGCUGUGAUUAAUGUGUUCAAACCGUCGACUGUGUAUAGGUAUAGGUAUAGUAUAUUUUGAAAUGCAUUUUGUGGUCGGAACACAUUUAACAUUUUUGCCAAGGGAAGAUAUAAUCUGAUUUUUAAUGGACUUUAUUUUGUCAUUCAAUGGGCCUGUUUCAUUUGACUAAAAGCUCUUAUGGAGAACUUUCAAAGUGGAAUGCAGCUGACUUUUAGAGAUCAUUUGUGACAUCUAUUGUGAGUAUUUUAAGUGGAAAUUGUAAAAAUGGGGCUGUUUCUCCAGCUGUUCAAACAACACCUACCCCCCACACUAUGGUUUAAAGUAUUAGAAGUAAGGAUAAACAAAUGAUCAGUAAUGUUGCUGGUGGUCUUUUUUGCUUUUGGAUAUCAAUGAAAGGCAUCAGUGUGAGUUUCAAUCUAUUUCACGGAUGUUAAAAAAAACUUCUCAUUGGCGCUUUCAGGAAAAACGAAGGUUUGGCAGCCAUAUGACAAAGUUGUGGUGGACCUGUUAUAAAUGUUGAAGUAAUAAUACAACUGGAUUACAAAUUAGGCUUAAAUUGGGUGGGGGUGGAGGGGUGCAUAUGCACUCCUUAAAAAAGUUAUUCUAAUCCUUCAUAGCUACCCCAACUUCAACCCUGAACAGCUGCCAUGAUUAACGUGAUCUUUUGGCACUAAUAAUUCAGGGUUCAUAUCAGUCUGAAUUGUGGACAACUCAUGUCUUAUUCAGGAUCCAGUUUAAAUGUCACAGCCCCAUUAUAGCUGCUCAGUUUGAGGAAGUUUUUAACAACUAUAAAGUUUUUACUAUCAGGUCCUGGUGGUGUAUAUGUAGAAAAGUACGGUGGAUGAGAGCCGCCAGUGCUGCAAAUAAAAAGAAUGCAAAAAAAAAUAAGUCACAACAGAAGUUACUGAUGCACAAAAAAAAAAAGAAAGAACCCGAAGCCCAAUGCAAAUAAAAAAAGAAACGGUGCAUAUUUUUAAAGAAAAGCCACAAUGGAAGUUAAGUUUUUAUUUCAUUACCUGAAACCAGCACUGUGCAGUAACGUUGUACACGGAGAAUCGCCGAGAGUCGCAGUGAUCACGCUUGGCUCAAACAGCUUAUCCCCCCAGGUGACCUAUGCAAUCCCUGAACGCCCAUAGGCUGUAUCAGGUGUCAAUCAUAGAAAACAUGAACCCCCUAAUAACUUUUAAAAAUGGAGCUUCAAAGACAAAAGAGGACAAACCAGUCUUACUGUAACUACACGUCAACAUCGCAAGCAGGGGGGAGAAAAAUUAUGUUCUGUGUAAUAAAUUUCUAAAGUUUGUCCACAGCCUCAUAAGCUUUGCUGGCGGAGGCGGGAUUUAUGACCUAUACUGCAGCCCACCAACAGAGGGUGCUGUUGUCAGAGUGGCUUCAUCCAGCAAGGAGGCAGAUUCUGUCCAUUCUAUAUACAGUCUAUGGGCCUAACCAAAUGACACGUUGAAAAGCACACAUGCAAAAUUAAACAAUAACCUUUCCACUAACUUCUUUGUUUGUCUUCUUGCCGUGGUCUUCUGUGCCUAGAUGGUAAAACACCGGUGCAUCAUCAUUAUGGGUUCCUGGCUGCUCACUUCUGUUUUGGCUUUUUUUUUUUUGCAUUGUUUUAUUUUCGCAAUAAGUAACUUCUUUUUUUUUGUUUGUUUGUUUGUUUUUUUGCUUCGUUAACUUCCAUUGUGUUUUUUUUUUUAAAAUCUGCACCAUUUCUUUUUUUAUUUGCAGCAGGCUUCAGUGUCUUUUUUUUUCAUCAGUAACUUCCAUUGUGGCUUUUUUUUUUUUUUUUUUGGCAUCCUUUUAUUUUCACAGUCAGCAACUUCAGUAAGUAACUCCUUUUUUGCAUUGUUAACUUCCAAUGUGGCUUUUUUUUAAUCUGCACAGUUUCUUUUUUUAUUUGCAGCAGCCGGUUUCAUCUUUUUUCUUUCAUCAGUAACUUCUGUUGUGGCUUUUUUUUUUUUUUGCAUCCAUUUAUUUUCACAGUAAGUAACUUCAGUAAGUAACCUCUCUUUUGCGUCGUUAACUUCCGUUGUGGCUUUUUUUUUGUAAAUCUGCCUGUUUCUUUUUUGAUUGCAGUGGGCUUUGGUUUCUUUAUAUAUUUAUUUAUUUUUGCAUCAGUAACUUCUGUUAUGGCUUUUUUUUAUUUUUUGCAUCCUUUUAUUCUCGGAGUAAGUAACUCCUUUUUUUUGCAACUGUUGUCGUUUUUUUUUUUUUUUUUUUAUCCGCACCGUUGCUUUUUUUUAAUUUGCAGCGGGCUUCGGUUUCUUUUUUUGUAUCAGUAAAUUCUGUUGUGCCUCCUUUUUUUUCAUUCUUUUUUAUUUGCAGCAGUGGUGGUUCUCGGCCACCGUAGCAAAGCUUUGUGAUAAACCUCUCCCUGAACGUGUUUUUACUGCUCUUUUAUUUUGAAGGCUCAGAUCUGAACUUCCUUCGCUGAUCUCGCUGUCUCAUGCCUGCUUGCUGUCAGCUCCGCGUGGGCCGAAACUUCUCUGACAGUCUGUCCAAUCAGAGUUUCGUGACAAGGUGGAAGUUGGCCGCUACGUACUCUUACAAACCCCUGUGUCAGUAUGAGUUUUGCCGAAGACGUCUACAACUCUAGCAAAGUGUCUUGAAGGAAUAUGGUGAUUUUUGCGGUUGAAAGAUAAUGUACCCCGGCGGUUGGAGAUGAGUGGAUUAGUACGGUUGGUAUGUGGAGAUAGAUCUUUAUCGUGGUGGUCUGCAGGAGUCAGAGCCUGCUGUAUGUCUGACUGACAGCUGCUGUGUUUUAGUGUUAGCAUGCCACGCAGGCAGCUAACUUCUCCAAAGAAAAGAAAACUUUUCCCACGACUUAGAAGUGGCCCAUGCAGUCACGGUAGGAGACUUUGACAUUAUUUGUUCGUUCAUGUAGAUUUGUCUAUUUUUAAGGUGAAAAUGAUGAAGGUUAGGAGAUACUUGAGGGGGAGUGGGAGGGUCCUCGCGUUUGUGUUCAUUGCCUCUGUCGUGUGGCUCCUGUUGGACAUGGCAGCACUGCGUAUAUCAAUAAACGACGUGAACGGACACAUGCUGAAAGAGCAAGUUAUAAGAGAGAGGCAGCUUUUCAAGCAGCAGUCCAGGGUGACACAGGCUUUAAAAAGAGGCUUUAAACACCCAGUUCAGAGGGUGGACUGGGCUGCUGCACAGGGAGGGACUGAACCACUCAAUUCAAGUCAAAAACUAGCCCAUGUAUACAGAGGCAAGAAACGGGACCAAGAGGAGAAGAGGGUUAACCCUUUGCAGCACAAAGAAAAUGCUCUACCAAAGACUGACAAACCUAAAGACAUUGCUUCAGAGCAAAAAAAGGAAGCCACAUCAAAGCAGGCUGAUUCAGCAAAGAAAAUAGCUGUAGAUUUAGAGGUAAGUGGGCCAAAAGUAGAGAAAAGUACAGUCCUAGAUGGCUCCAAGUUAAACAAAACCAAAGUGCCACCCGCUAUUCAGGAAAAGAUACAUGCACCCCUACCAACCUCAAAGAAGGAGCCCAUAAAAGAUAAAGAUGGAGUAAAACCUCAUCCUGACAAAGCUGAUUCAAGGGACAAAAUCAAGGAUGGACCUGAGAUCAAUACUGCAGCCAAAGCAAGUCAGCAUCAGGCGGAAGAGUCGCACUCUUCAAAAGCAACACCUAAACCUUCACAGAAGGAUGUGGAGGAGAAGAAGGAGAAACUGAAAGAAGAGGAUAAACAGGCUAAGAAGGUUAGUGAAAGUGAUAAGAAAGCAGAGAAGGAAACCCCAAAACCUACAAUCAAAGUCCAAGAGGGGAAGACCGCUACAAAAGAAGUCAAAGUGAUCAAGAAGGCUGGUCUCCACAAAGUGCUCGCUCUGGAUAUGACAAACGCUCCCAGAGAUGCCCGUGCAGUCGGUCAGUUCGGUGUGGCAGCAAAGGCGGCCAGUUUGGACAAUGUGGAGGUGAGGAAGAGAUGGGAUGAAGGGGAUUUCAAUGUUUACCUGAGUGACCAGAUCCCAGUGGACCGAGCCAUUCCGGACACCAGACCUGAGUCGUGAGUCUUUUUCUGCGUUUUAUUUUCAUUAGAAUAUUCUGAUUGCAAAGCUGAGUUUUGAUCAUGCUUAUUUUUGCCGUAUUUUCCAGGUGUGCAAAGAAUCUCGUCCACAACGACUUGCCAUCCACCAGUGUGAUUUUCUGUUUUGUGGAUGAAGUGUGGUCCACACUUCUCCGCUCUGUGCACAGUGUGCUCAACAGAUCUCCACCACACCUCCUCAAAGAGAUCAUUCUGGUCGAUGAUUUCAGCUCCAAAGGUAAUCUUUGUUUUUCCCCAGGACAAAAUCAGAAAAAAAGAGGAUACCUUUAGAUCUACAGGAGGGUCAGAGCAACACAAACUCAAGUUCACACUGGAGUUACUAAAUUUGACAACUCAUACACUAGAAGCAGAUGAGUUGAGCUUCAUACUAUAUCCACCCGUAUUAGCAUAUACUGUAGUUAUCAGCUUCAAGGUGUGGUUAACAAAUAAACUACUUCAGGAUCAACCCUGUCUUGAAAUUACCUUUAAUAAAUAUUUGCUUUCUCUCUGCUAGAACUUGUUACUCAUGAGUGACGUUAAUAUCAUUUCUGUGCAUAUAGUUUAGGGGAUCAUCAUACAUCAUAAUAAAUUACUCCAUUUUCCAACAGAGAAUCUGAAGGAACAGCUGGAUAAGUACAUGUCACAGUUUCCUAAAGUGAGAAUCGUUCGCCUGAAGGAGCGCCAGGGCCUGAUCAGGGCCAGACUGGCUGGAGCUGCUGUAGCCAAAGGUAAGCACUGCAAAGAUGGCGCUAACAUGAAUACAUGGAUGAAACACACAAAAGAAAAGGUGAAGACAGCAACAGAUUUGAGAUGAGAUGAGAUGAGAUCAUCUGCUCAGACUUUAAAAUAGUCAUUGUUGCUAUGAAAGCACUUAUGUGUGUGGGACCACUCCUGAUGAGUCACCUACUGCUAUUAUUCAAAUAACAACCAGGUUUUAUAAUUAUGUUUGAGCUGGGCAAGAUUUCAACACCCUUGAAAUGACAAAUGUAGGCUGUGCUGUUGUACAAGCUUUUAACUCAUUGUUAUACAGUAUCAUGCCUCUAAAUGUAGGAGUUCAAGCACGGGUGCAAAAACACAAACAUCUGCAGGCCUUUGAUUUGGCAGAUAGUUCAAUGGAACUACAAAAGUUUGCAAAUAGACUGAGUUGUGAUAAUCUGGAAACUUUCAUAUAGGGUUCCUACGCAAGUAUGGAAAGUAUGGAAAUAAAUUUGAUCAAUUUCCAGGUCUUAAAAAGUAUGGAAAAUGAAAAAUAAAGUAUGGGAAAAUAUUAAUGUUUCCAGACUAUCACCACAGUUUUAAAAUACUGUUUUCUAAAAUAGAAAAGUCGGUAUUUCCAAAAAUAAUUUUAAAAAGUAGGGUAUGGAAAUUCUAGCUGCAUAGGAACCCUGUUCAUAACUAAGACCAUAAUGAGGGAUUAUUUACAGAUUGUUAAAGUGGGAAUGAAAAUCCAGUUAGUUGAAAUUGUGCUUUGAAAAUAGAGCAGCGUUACUUUUCUGGAACCGUUAAGUGACACAGAAAUGUGUAUUUAAGGUAGUUCAAAUAAGCAGAAAGUCUGCUUACCGGUUUGUAACGGAACUGCAAAGAUUCAAGAGGAUAAAAUAGCUUCAGUCAAGAUAAGUCACCAUCCUGUUAACACAGUAUUCAAACAUGAUUUGACUGUAAAAUUUGUUAUUUACAUUCAAAAACAAACAACUCCCUACCAGAGACCUCAUGUCACAGGCCAUAAAGACUGCAUUGAUAAUAUCCAGAUGUGUCUGUUUGUUUAACUGCAACAGGAUGUUUGCUCUCCUCAUAGGUGAGGUCCUUACCUUCCUUGACUCCCAUGUUGAGUGUAACGUGGGUUGGCUGGAGCCACUUCUGGAGAGAGUCUACCUGGAUCGCAAGACGGUGCCCUGUCCAGUAAUUGAGAUUAUCAAUGACAAGGACAUGAGGUGACUCCACACGGCCGUAUUUGAGUGAUCACAGUGAUUAUGUGAUUAUGUUUUUCAUGUUUCUUUUCUUGCUUUCCGUCCCCAGUUACAUGUUUGUGGACAACUUCCAAAGAGGUAUCUUCAGAUGGCCACUGGUGUUUGGCUGGAGUCCAGUACCAGAGGAGUACAUCAAGAAGAAUAGCAUGACUGUCGCCGAUCCAAUCAAGUACCUGACAGUUUGUUACUGUAGACUUUUUGACUUCUUAUUGCUGCUGCUGCUUUUAUUAUUAAUCUGUCUUUUCCUUCAGGUGUCCAGUCAUGGCUGGAGGCCUUUUCUCCAUAGACAAAAAGUACUUCUAUGAGCUUGGCACUUACGACUCUGGCUUGGAUGUGUGGGGUGGUGAGAACAUGGAGAUUUCAUUUAAGGUAUAUCCCUCACACAGCUCAUGUAUAAUUUGUACAUAAUUCCUACUCUAUAGAACUUCUCUCUUACAUGCUCCUUCAUGAACAGAUCUGGAUGUGUGGAGGAAAAAUUGAGAUCAUCCCCUGCUCCAGAGUUGGACAUAUCUACCGGGGAAAGAACCCCUACAAGUUCCCAAAAAACAGACAGAAGACGGUGGAGCGUAACCUUGCGAGGGUGGCUGAAGUCUGGCUGGACGAGUAUAAGGAUCUGUUCUACGGCCAUGGCUACCACCACCUGCUAGAUAAGAACUACGUCGACAUUGGCAACCUCACAGAGCAGAUUGAAAUAAGGAAGAGGCUCAAGUGCAAUAGCUUCAAGUGGUACCUGGAGAACGUGUAUCCAGAUAUGGAAGCUCCCCUUGUGAAAGCUGAAGGCCUGGUAUGUAGAUGAGUAGAUCUAUCUAAAAGAAACAUCUGUCGUACUCUCUCACCAUGAAGUUUUUGUUGUCUCUGCUUGGAACAUCUUUACCAAACAUCCCAAACAUAGGCUGUGAUUGUGCGUCUUGGAAACAAAGAGUAUUUGUACAUGUAAGCCUGGGACAGCUUUCUGUAAACAUUUUUAUAAUCUUUUUUUCUCUACAGGUAUUUAACCGUGGAACAAGGAAAUGUCUCUCUCUGCAGAACAACUCUCUUCUGUUUGAGACGUGUGAUCUCAGUAAGCAGGUGGGUGUCUCAUUUAUUCAACGGAUCAUUCAGCUGCACAAUAAUAGCUCAUGUUCCUAGAUGUGUCUCUGAAAAUGUGCACAAACCGAGGAAUCUGGCCUCAUGACGGUCUUGAUUAUGGGUGGGUAUAACAAAAAUAUCCAGGAAUAGAACGAGAUCAGGAUAAGGGCAGUCAAGACCUGGGCCAUGAUAAACAAGGGCGGAGUCCAAGACAAGACCAAAACUUUCUAAAUGUGGUCCGGCUGGAUCCAGUGCAGCUUUACUGUGCCGUCAAUCAAAAUCCUUCAGGUUUCAUGCUCUAUAAUUACCUCCUCCUAACUCUUCACUCAUUCUGGUUUAACAGAGUCAGCACUUUAAUUACACCUGGAUGAGGCUUGUUCAACACCGGGAUCUAUGCAUGGCACCCCAGGCCAAUGGUGAGGGCUUGACUUUAAAGCCCUGUGACAACACCAAUCCUGAACUGCGAUGGAUCCAUAAAUCCUUCAACACCGCUAUGGUAGGUUCACUUCAGAUGUGCUGUUGUCUCUCUGUGUGCUGUCUUUGUCUUUCUGUCCUUUGUGUACUGUCUGUUUCAGUGUCUCUGUAAGACAUAGUUCCCCUACCUCACCAGAGCCAUGACCACACUGGACCCUAUUAUGCACUAACCCACAUCCCCACCCCAUUAACUCACACACACACCCAUUGUCUGGUGCAUUAUCAUUCUCUCCUAUUCACUGACUUCUCGAUUUCACAUAGCAUUUCUGCUGGUUCAGAAUCUAUAGUCUCUGUAAGGGCAUUUCACUGUGCAAUGUCCAUUUUACUACUGUAAAAUACAUUAUCAUGCAAUAUAUUUCAUUUAUCCUGCAAAUAUUACCUACUGUGCAAUGCGUAUGAUUUACUGUGCAUCCUACACCACCAUGCAAUAUACUGUACAUUAUUUACUCUGCACAAUAUAUGUUCUGUUAUUCAAUAUUAUUAUCUCUAGAGCAAUAUAAAGAUAAGCUAUCUACUACGCAGUAUGUAUUACCUCACCAUAGACAUCAUUGACUGUGCAAUAUACUAUAUUAACUGUGCACAAUACAUUAUAAUGUGCAGUAUUUAUAUUUACUGUGCAGUUUAUUGAUUUAAUAUGCAGUUAACAUUAUUUACUGAGCAAUAAAUGAUUACUGUGCUAUAUAUUGUAUAUCAUUUACUACUCAGUACACCUAAUAUUCUAUGAAAUACACACUUUUUACAGUGUACAGGUGCAUCUCAAUAAAUUAGAAUACAGUGACAAUUUUUCUUUCUUAAUUCAAAAAGUGAACAUUUACAUAUUGUUAUAUUCUUGAUAAGUGAAAUAUUUCAAGCCUUUUUGUAUUUUUAUAAUUUUAUAAUUUUGACACUGAUUCUCAGGAGAAUUAGUGUCUCAAAUAGAAUAUUUUCUAAGAUUAAUAUUGGUUUUGAUAGUGGGAAGGAUACAGCUGUAGGUCUGUCAGUGCACACAUGCUGUUGAUAGACUGACAUCAGCCUCAGACCACUCUUUAAUCUUGAAUCUACUUUUCUGUCAAGUGUGCAGUCUCAUGCGUCUUAUCCUAUCACACUCUUCCCCUCUGGUAAACUUUCCAUGUUGACUACGCUUUUAUAGAGGGCCCCCUGCAAACAGCUAGACUUUUUCAGCACCGCCCGUCUGUGGCUAACCCUCCUUGUGGUGGGUGUGCAUGACUGCCAUCUGGACAAUUAGCAAGCCAGCAGUCUUCUCCAAACUAUUCAGUUUACAUGAAACAAGUCUCGUUGAUAGAUUUCAUUUUCUUGAUAACUGAUUUAAAAAUAUUUCGCUUUUUCACAUAUUCAGAUUUAUUAAGGUGCACCUCUUCAUCAUCUUUCUUGCAGUGUACAUGUUUUCUUGACAUGUCUUGCUCCUGUUUCUCAGUUUUGUAAUCCAUUGAGUAAGGAUUAACUGUAUUUCUAUCCAAUCAACCCACUUCAGAGAGUUGCCCUGCUCCCAUUUGAACUUGUUGUCAUUGUAUUUAAAGUUGAGUCUGCUGAUUGUGUUUCCUGUUUUGCCUUUUUAAAGGGGGAGCACCUCAUAGCAAAAUCUGUUUCCCUCCACACGUGCCUGGAGGCAGGGACUCACGGGGACACGUUUCACCUCAGCCCAUGUGACUCCAGCAAAUAUCUCCAAAAGUGGCAGUUCACAAACUACAACACUAAAGGGUCCGAGUGAAGUAAGCUCAAUGUGCACUAGAGGUUGCACUAGGGACGACAACAGCUCACCACUGACCAGAGGAGGUGGGGAACACAUUUUUGUGGCCUGAAGUACAGGGUGUGGGAAUGUGCAAUGUUUCUAAUGUCCUGUCAUCAUAUCAGCAUGGACUGAGUUUAAAUUCCAAACACUUGUGCCUAAAGGAGUAGAGCAUCUCUUAUCUUUGCUUUUGGAACGUUUUGGACUUGAGUUUUCUAAUUUUAGAAAAGGUGCUCUUUACUGGCAUUUGGAGAGAGGACUAAGAGACUUUGUGUGUAUGCCAAAGGGAAUAAUUUAAUUUCACUGAAAAGAGAUAGGAAGUGCCUUGGGGAUUUAAAAAACUAAGAUGUAAAAAGUGACUUUGGGGGUUUAUGUGUCUUUAAUUUUUUUUGUGCUGGGACUCAUAAAGAGUGCAUGUAAUGUAAGAGGAAUUUUGUAAGUGGCAUCGAUCACUCGUUUCGGUGACGCUUCAGUCAGUGAGGAACUUGCUGCUUCUCUGGUUUUAAAAUACUGUGUUACCAAGGUGUAGGUUUCUGUUGUGAAAACUGAUCUGUUGUAUGAAUUUGUUCUUGUCACUAGAGGGAAGUGUUGCUUCAAAACACUCCAUAAACCUGUGCUGUGAUUUCAGGAUUUUGUAACCUGUUCUCAAACUCUUCAACCUCAUUACAUUUUCCAGAGAAGGUCAAAAUAAAACAAUGACACUUCA